AUGCAUUUACAAGCAGUCUUACCCACGGUCGGAGCAACGCUUGCGCUUCUACAGUGCUCCCACGCUAUAAUAAUCAAUGUUAACAAUACUCAGUCUAUGACUACAGCCUCCAGGUCAAUCGCAGCACAAAUCCUUGCUAUUUAUCACAACACCAGCACAGUCCCAGGCGUCUUCUCCGAUCCGUACUACUGGUGGGAGUCUGGCCUAGCAUGGGACUCUUUGAUCAAUUACUGGGCUUUGACAGGAGACUCAUCGUACAACGACAUUGUCCGCGAAGGCCUCUUGUACCAGAUCGGCCCAAACUCGGACUUCACGCCUCCAAAUCAGACCAAAAGCGAAGGCAACGAUGACCAGAGUACCUGGGCUCUGGCCGCGAUGACAGCUGCAGAGCAUGGCUUCCCCAAGGCGUCAGGCGGGGCCAAUCGCACGUAUCCCACCUGGCUGCAGCUAGCACAGAAUGUCUUCAAUUCCCAGGCCGCUCGUUGGGAUAACAGCACGUGUAACGGCGGGCUGCGAUGGCAGGUCUACACCUUUAACAAUGGCUACAACUACAAGCAAGCCUUGAGCAAUGGCAACUUCUUCCAGCUCGCUGCACGUCUGGCCAGAUACACUGGGAACCAGACGUACCUUGACUGGGCAAGAUCAACGCUCGAAUGGUCCUACGGCGUCGGUAUGAUCAGUACUGCGAACGGCAGUGCAGGUGCGAUUUGGGACGGUACAGACACGACUACCAACUGUUCGCAGUGGAACCAUCUUCAGUGGACGUCGAAUGCCGGUACUUUCUUAAGCGGCAGCUCAUACGCAGUCAAUUACGUACGUAACACCACAUAUUGGAAUGUCUUCCCGUUCAGCUUCUUUGUCAAUGCCAAUUCGACUUUCGCUAACAACGACAACAUUCUGACCGAGAUCGCCUGCGCACCGAGCAACACCUGCAACACCGACCAGCUCGCCUUCCGCGCUAUACUCGCUCGUGGACUUGCCACGGCCCGAGAUCUGACUCUUGACACUACGAUCAGGCGACAAUCUCCUAACGGCACCGCCUCCACAGUGCUCGGGACGCUUCAUGGGCUCGUGAACCGGAUUCUGCAGGCUUCGGCACAGGGCGCGGCGUUGCAGUGUUCCAACAGCACUUCCGGCAGUAUCUGCGGAAGUGACUGGACGCGCUCCUCAUGGGAUGGGACGCAGGGGUUAGGUCAACAGCUGAGUGCUUUAGAGAUUUUGUUGGCGAAUCUCCCAGCUCGCCCAUUGUUGGAUAUCAACUCCACAGCUCCGGCCACUGUUGGCGGCAACGCUACUGCAGCCAAUGGGACGGCGACGUCGACGAACGCGAGCACGACGACUCCAUCGGGAAGCGCGCCGGCAACCUUUUCCGGAGCAGCAACGAGCGCGUAUGAGUCUUCGGCUUUCGCAUUGCUAGGUUGCGCAAGUCUUGUGGUAGCGUGGCUGCUGUGAAAGAUAUGUCCGUAGCCGAUGCAAUCGCUGUAGUCCGAGACAGUAUAAUGCAAAUCUUCGAGUGCAACAUGUUAGUGCCACUCAGGUGCGCAACCAAAGCUCUCGACCCACUGACUUGCACAUGCGUGGUGAACCAGCCCGUCACGCUCCACCUCCUCCUUUGCGUUGAAGAGCAACUCCCA